GUUUAUUUUAAGUUAGACAAGGAUCCGUUUCCUUGUUUAAAAAAAGAUCCUUUGAAAACGAAUUGAAUAAUUCUUAUAUCGUUUAAAAGACUGCAUUUACUGCAACACAAGAAAAAGAGAUCUCAAUAUUUUUGGUGUGAAGUCCACCUGUAGAGCUUUCCCAUGGCCUCCGACAAGACCGAGCUAGUUCAGGAUGAGAUUCCGGUGCCAAUGCCGGCGGAAGAUGAACCAAAUACCGUGCAGACACCCGCCGAAAAAGAGGAUACCACUGUGGAAGUACGAAGAAAAUCGACAGGCAUUUAUUCCCAGGGACUGAUCAACAUCUCCUUGCUGUCUGCUAACGCCACUCAGUUACGUAGUGCCCAGUCCGAUGACAAGUACGAGUACCAGACGACAGUUAUCGCUCUGAUUGCAACCUCCAUCUUUAUCCAACUUCUCAUCCUGUUGUGUUUGGUCGCUCUCAGCAUCAUGCCGCGAAGAAAACUGCACCAUAAUGAACCGUACUUUGUUUUUAAGUGGAUACUCAAGAAGAGAGUUAAAUCCGUCAUUUUAUUGCUGGUAUCAGUGCUUACAGCGGUUAAUAUUUUCAUUUCGACCUAUCAUCAAGCGGGUUAGAUUAUUUGCAAGAUGGUGGCAUGUACACGCCCAGUAGCAAAACUAUUGUCAUUUUGACAUUUUUUCGUAUCAAAAAUAGUAACUGCAAUAUGGCUUAUUAUGGCAAAAUUUAACAUAUCACAAUUUUGAAGAAUCUUAUAUAGGAUGCAUGAAAAAAUUACUUCUACCUGCGAUGAAAAGCUAUGUCGGCAUCUUCGCUGGCAAAGUUCCUUCUGAGGAGCGGCAUGGAUAAGAAACCCUUAAUUCGCGAGGUGCUGUGUCGGCGGGAAAGAGUUCAACUAUUCGAAAAUGGUUUUUCCGAAAAGAUGUCAUUAACAUAGACUUGUCUUUGUUAUUCUAUUGUUUCUUUUAUAAAAAUUAUACUUUAAAAUUAUUACGUGUAUUUUUCUUAAAUAUUAGAAUUACGAUAUAUAAAAUAUCAGAUAACCUGUUACUUUUAGAUUAUUAGUUUACCCAUUGUAAAUGAUGAAUCAAAUUAGUUUAUAGUAUUUUCUACCCAUAAUAACUUUUCAAAUUUUGUAUCUCCAUUUUCAAUGUGAAGAAUGCUGAAUUUACAUAAGCUUAUGUUUGACUAAAAUAUAAAUUUCAGAAGUUGAAAAUAAACACGUGUAAUUUUAGUUACCUGGGUAAUAUAUUCAUUUGGUAAAAUUAUUGCUUUUAAAUCAUAUUAUACACGUAUUAUCUUCAAAGUUUAUUGUACACAGGGUUUAAUAAUACCAUGUACCAAAGAAAACUCUGAAUUGCUUGAAAAAGUGCAAAUAGAAGCAGCCAGAAUAAUAACAGGGUUGAGAGUUAACUCAUCUAGAAGUAUUUUAUAUAGCGAACUUGGUUGGGAAACCCUUCAAUCUCGAAGGGAUAACCAUAAGCUUAUUCUUUUCUACAAAAUAAUCAAUG